UGUGCGUGGCAAGCUUUUGUGCAUCUCGGCAGUAGUUCCUCCUUUUAUUGUAGGCAGUCGGUAACACAUAUGCAAAAACAGACGAUUUGACAAAGUAGAGACUUCCUUGUGAAGCACAGACGUUCUGUUAAGAGUGCUUGUUCUCGGUUAAGGACUAGGAUCAAAUUAUGGGAACUUUUUUAAACAUAGAGGAAAUGAAGGAGCUUUCUUAUUGAUUCAUGCACAUCAUGAAUGCAUGAACUGUAAACAACGCCAUGGAUGAAACAUUUGAUGGCGUUUCUUCAGUUGUGGAGUCUAGUCUCUAUCACAAUGUCCAUUCGAUCCUCAGAGAACUGGACUGUCAGCCUCAGGCCGGAUCAGCAAGCAAUAAAGGUAUGCUGAGAUGGACCCUCCAUAACAGAGUGGAUAGAUGUCCAUCUGUUAGUGUGCCUCUGGUGAAGGUUUUGAUCAAAGAGCUGGAAAAGGCAGAGAGGAUUGAUUCCAAGAUUCGCAUCAUUCCUUUACUUCACACGCUCGUCUACACCAUCCUACAGUCUGCUUUUAUUCCAGAAGACGUCUAUCAUAGGAUUCAUGUGUGCCUGAAAAGUUUAGUCACGUUACCGUUGCCCUACUGUGCAAUUGCUAUGCACUAUGCAAGGCAGAUAAAAAUGGAACAGACAACACCAGGACUGAUGUUCCAGAGGAGGGUCAUUUCUGAACACAACCUACGUAAUGACAUCUAUCAACUUCAUGAGAAGGUGUUUGUGUUUGUGGAUCCUGCCGUCUUUCCUCCAUCUCUGGUGAACGCCCUGAAAGCUGAUGUGGAGGGAUCGGAUCAAGGCGGAGAUACAUGGGUCUACAAACGCAAGGUUGUGUUACACACAUUGAUGGCUGGGAUAGGAAAGCAGUGCAAUGUGAACCGGCUCGCGCAAGCUCUGGAGCAUUUGGGAGAAGACAUGGAGCUGCAUUUCCGAGACAUCAUUGCCAUCGUAGAGCAGAGAGUAGAAGACGGGGCUGCUGAAGACAAUCGGUACAAAGCGAGAUUACAGGAGAUCUACCGGGAUAUUCUGACAGCUGAGAAAGGUUUAGAUCCGUCACAUCCAGAGUCACAAGCCGAAACUCACCUGCCCAAUCCUGAGGUCAGCUUUCAUGUCUGGAACAAAGAGGAUGACAUAUGGAAUGAGCUGGUUAAUUUUGCACUAAUGGUUUCUUCGGAACAAAACUAUAUGGACGAGGACGACUUGAGGCGUAAUUCAGUGGUGUCGACAGUAUCCACGGACAGCGGCAUUGAGGGAGAUAUGCCCAUCAGUGAGAUUUCGUCUUUAAUGCUGGAGUCUCAGGGAGGAGCAGAAGAACACAGCAGCUCUUUCUGCCGGAGGCCGUGUGUGAGGUGGCCUAAAGCCGGGACCAGACUGACUCUUAUGAUGGAGGCCAUUAAAGGAAAUGGAGGAUACGGUAUAACUAAAGAGGAGAGGAACCUCACAGCUAGGAUCGUAGUAAUGGGGGACGACAGAACACUGGGGCGGCUGGCCAAGGCCCUUCACACUAUACGGAAAAGGGAAGCACGACAUCUUCUAUUGACAAAAAGAGUGAACCAGGAAAUAUAUUAUAUUCCAGUUACAAACCAGCUGCCUUCUCAUGCCCAGGAAUUUCUGUCGGGGAAUGAGGAUAUGCUGACACUAGCAGGGUACUUGGGAAGUGUAGAUCCCUGGUUUGACUGCAACAUCAAUGGUUUAGGAGCCAUGAUUCCCAAACUCGCACAAAUGCAGUCAAGCCAGGGCGAAUCUACGGACCCCAACUCAUUUCUGUUAGACAUCAUCUCUUACUACACACGAGUGAGUCAGCAGCCUGUGCAUCUCCCCAUCUACUGUGUCAAGAUCGUUUUCUCCAACCUCACCACCUCAGUGGAGGAAGUUUUUGUGUCUCAGCUCCAGAUAGACUUUCCAGACAUCAAACGUAUCAGAGCCACGUUCAAAGACACGAUCAAAGGUUCAGUGCGGUACAAAAAGCAUAGCUCACAAGAACUUUAUGGUGCAGACGUGUCAAUUAACUAUAGGAAGGCCUCAAUAAGUGACAGAGAACAGGGGAGUCGAGUGACUUUAUCCACAUGUGGAAUGUUGGUGGCAGUCGUACCCUCCUGCAGAGUGAAAAGUCCUCAUAGUGUCAACAUACGAUUUCAAGACAUAAACCCCUCAAAGCCCUGUGCAACUGUGAUCCGAGCUGUUAGCGUGAAUAUCAGAGUUCUGGAGAACAAGACAUUCUCCUUAUGUUUGGAUAAAGAUCCUCGUAGAACCUACAAAGAUGUCCAGAGUGUUGAGGUUUCUCCAUGCUUGGACCCUGGAUACUGUCCUCAUCCGAGUACUAAAUCCAAGUACAGUUCGGGAGAGGGAAGUGAACAUUUGUUAAAAUUUUUGAACAGGACCCUCACGCUCCCAAUCAACACAUUCUUUGGGACAGACCAAUGACGAUACAAAAACAUUUGUGACAUUUACACUGAGACGCACCGAGAUACCUCUUGAAGGCCUUUUUUUGUUUUUGUAUAUGUUGUUUCAUGUGGUUUCCAUAGUUGCUUAUACAAGAGGUCGCAGUUUCCUGUGAACGUGUAUUGUACAUAGACUGAACAUGUGUGACUUCUUGUGUGCAAGGAAUUGCUGUGAAGUGUUUAAUUUUGUGACACAUUUUGUGACACAUUUUGUAGUAUGCACAAUCCAAAAUCUUAUGUUCACACUACUCUCAUACCUUUUUGACAAAAAUAUAUAUGUUGUAGAAAUUGUAUGAUUCACAAAAAUAAAUAACACUUUGGACAAAGA